GAGCCGCAGCCGGUCCCCGGAGCCCCGCGGGCAGCCCCCAGCCCGGACCCCCCACAGCCUGCGCUCGCGUCCCCCGGGCCGGCCGGGCCACCUGAGCGCCGGAGCGGCCGCGGGGCAUGAGGCGCGGGCGCGAUGUCGGUGCCGCUGCUCAAGAUCGGGGCUGUACUCAGCACCAUGGCCAUGGUCACCAACUGGAUGUCGCAGACGCUGCCCUCCCUCGUGGGGCUCAACGGCACCGUGUCCCGCGCGGGCGCCUCGGAGAAAAUCACCCUCUUCCAGAGCCCAGAGGAGGGUUGGCAGCUGUACACCUCGGCCCAGGCGCCCGAUGGGAAAUGUAUCUGCACGGCCGUGAUCCCCGCACAGAGCACUUGCUCCCGGGAUGGGCGGAGUCAGGAGCUGCGGCAGCUGAUGGAAAAGGUCCAAAAUGUCUCCCAGUCCAUGGAGGUCCUUGAGUUGCGGACGUACCGUGACCUCCAGUACGUGCGCAGCAUGGAGACCCUCAUGCGGGGCCUGGACACGCGGCUCCGGGUGGCCGAUGGGUCCCUCUCAGCCAAGAGCUUCCAGGAGCUGAAGGACAGGAUGACGGAACUGUUGCCCCUGAGCUCAGUCCUGGAGCAGUACAAGGCGGACACGCGGACCAUCGUACGCCUGCGGGAGGAAGUGAGGAAUCUGUCUGGCAGCCUUGCGGCCAUCCAGGAAGAGAUGGGAGCCUACGGAUAUGAGGACCUGCAGCAGCGGGUGAUGGCCCUGGAGGCUCGGCUUCACGCCUGUGCCCAGAAGCUGGGCUGUGGGAAGCUGACGGGGGUUAGUAACCCCAUCACCAUCCGGGCCAUGGGGUCCCGCUUUGGCUCCUGGAUGACCGACACAAUGGCUCCCAGUGCGGACAACCGGGUCUGGUACAUGGAUGGCUAUUACAAGGGCCGGCGGGUCCUGGAGUUCCGCACCCUCGGAGACUUCAUCAAGGGCCAGAACUUCAUCCAGCACCUGCUGCCCCAGCCGUGGGCGGGCACAGGCCACGUGGUGUACAACGGCUCCUUGUUUUAUAACAAGUACCAGAGCAACGUGGUGGUCAAGUACCACUUUCGCUCGCGCUCCGUGCUGGUGCAGAGGAGCCUCCCGGGGGCGGGCUACAACAACACCUUCCCCUACUCCUGGGGUGGCUUCUCCGACAUGGACUUCAUGGUGGACGAGAGCGGGCUCUGGGCCGUGUACACCACCAACCAGAAUGCGGGCAACAUCGUGGUCAGCCGGCUUGACCCGCACACCCUGGAGGUCGUGAGGUCCUGGGACACCGGCUACCCCAAGCGCAGCGCCGGUGAGGCCUUUAUGAUCUGCGGCGUGCUCUACGUGACCAACUCCCACCUGGCCGGGGCCAAGGUCUACUUCGCCUACUUCACCAACACGUCCAGUUAUGAGUACACGGACGUGCCCUUCCACAACCAGUACUCCCACAUCUCCAUGCUGGAUUACAACCCCCGGGAGCGGGCCCUGUAUACCUGGAACAACGGCCACCAGGUGCUCUACAAUGUCACCCUCUUCCACGUCAUCAGCACCGCCGGGGACCCCUAGGGGCUGCCAAGUGAGGGCCACUGGGGGUCCGCCGGGGGCCCUUUCCACCCUGCCUGUGCCCCUAAGAGUUGAUCUGUCUCUAUCGUGUCCUCUCUCUCUCUCCUCCUCCUCCCUGUACUUUCUUCUCUCCCUAGCCUUUAUUCUCCAUUUCUAUCAAUGCGUUUUCUCAUUUUUGUCUCUUCUUUAUGGAUCUCUGCUUUUAAUACUCCAUUUCUUUGUCUUUCUGCCUUUUUAUGGAUUUGCCUCUGUCUCUUUCUGCCUCUUAUCUUUUUAUUGAUCUGACUCUCCUGUUCUCUUUCCCUGUCUCUGUCUCUUUGGCUUUUUCUCUCUCCCCCUACCUCCGUUUCCUCCUCCUUCCUUCACCCCACACCCCCAUCCCAAGGAGUUGAGUGCAUGGAUAUGUUUUUUUUUUUUUUAUUUACGUUUUCUCUUUCCGGGUUGCCAGAAUAAAAGGGACCUUUGACAUUU